CUGGAAAGAAACAAUAAAGCUCUUAUCACUUUAGGUAAUUUACUGCAUAUAUAACCAUAAAUAAAGAACAGAGAACAACCUUGUAGAAAUACUUGCUCCCACACAGUAGUCACACAGAAUGUGAAUCACACAUGCAUCUCAGCAAAAUCACAAAUUUCUUAAUGUAAAAGACCUUUGGAAAAAACAAUGUGUGCCAAAUCCAUAAAUGCCAAGAGCCUGCUAUACUUCUAUUAUUGUACUUAGGUCAAUGAACAACUAUGGCCCCAGUUAGAACAUGAGCUUCUUGAUGUCAGGCCCACUAUUUUGUCAUUCUUUUUGUACCAAAGUUGAUCUAACAGGAAGCAACCACUCCAAAAGCAUUUGUUGAAUUAAAUUACCUCCUAAUUGAUCUUCCUACUUCCAGGCCAUCUUCCUCUCCAAAAUCAUGCCAGUUAUUUUACAAAAACAUAUCUCUGAUGUCACUCCAUUUCCCCCAAACCUUUGAUGGCUGUUCAUAAUCCUGCUUUACAGGAUUAUGUCCCCAUGCCCUGCUAGGACAUAUAAGAGCCUUCACACCAUGGUCUCAUAUUCCCAGUCUCAUUCUUAGCCUCUCCUCUUCACACACACUCUCUUCAAGCCACACUAGCUGUUCCUAGAACAUUUUUGGACUUUCAUUACUUUAUGACUUUGUAAAUGCUAUUUCCUCUGUCUAAAGGGUUCUCCUCUUCUCAUCUACCUGGACCUCUUGAAUUUAUCAAUAUAGCUCAGCUUAAAUAUCACUACUUUUGUAGCUUUACCUGACCCCUCUCAGAAUCACUGUCUCCCUUAAUUUUUUUUAAUACCAGUCUGUUUAUUCUAAAAACAUACUAAGCUGAUUCUGCGGGGAGGAAAGGGGGAAGGAGGGAGUGCCCUGUCAAAGGACUUACCCAAGCAGUGACUGCGGAACUACGUGUUAAGCAUAUUGUUUCAGCAGCAGUGGGAGGAUGGGGCUGGAUGGCCUUCAUGUUAUGAGACGCUAUGGCUCGCAUCUUUAACACUGCCUGUAUGUUGACUGUUUUGAGCCCAGCAGAAAAAGUUGUCUACCUCAUACUCUACCAUGCCAUCUUUGUGUUCUUUACCUGGACCUACUGGAAGUCUAUCUUUACACUCCCACAGCAGCCAAACCAGAAGUUCCACUUGUCCUACACAGACAAGGAGCGCUAUGAAAAUGAAGAGAGACCUGAGGUCCAGAAGCAGAUGCUUGUUGAUAUGGCCAAAAAGCUACCAGUUUACACAAGAACUGGAAGUGGAGCUGUACGAUUCUGUGACCGGUGCCAUCUGAUCAAGCCAGACCGCUGCCACCACUGCUCUGUCUGUGCCAUGUGUGUGUUAAAAAUGGAUCAUCACUGCCCCUGGGUUAAUAACUGCAUUGGAUUUUCCAACUACAAAUUCUUCCUUCAAUUCUUAGCUUACUCUGUUCUCUACUGCCUGUACAUUGCUACAACAGUCUUCAGCUAUUUCAUCAAAUACUGGAGAGGGGAAUUACCCAGUGUUCGCUCUAAGUUCCAUGUCCUUUUUCUCCUCUUUGUGGCCUGCAUGUUUUUUGUCAGCCUUGUGAUUCUCUUUGGUUACCAUUGUUGGCUUGUCAGCAGAAACAAAACCACCUUAGAGGCCUUCUGCACUCCAGUGUUUACAAAUGGCCCAGAGAAAAAUGGGUUCAACCUUGGCUUCAUCAAGAAUAUCCAGCAGGUGUUUGGAGAUAAGAAGAAAUUCUGGCUAAUACCUAUUGGGUCCAGCCCUGGUGAUGGACACUCCUUCCCUAUGAGGUCUAGGAAUGAGUCACAGGACCCAUUGCUAGCAAAUGAAGAACACUGGGAAGACAAUGAGGAUGACAACCGAGGACUCACCAUCUUCAUCUCCCAUGAAGCUUACAGAGUUAAGUGUUGGAAAUCAUUGUAAUCUUCAAAAUAAGUCACCAUGUUGGACUGAAAGCUUCAAAAUUUGAAAGAAUUCCGUCAAAUACUUGCUGUGCAAAUGUUUCUGGACCUUACAUUAUUUAAUUUGCUGACCAAAAUCCAAUUCGGUAUUUGGUAGCAGUUAAUUCAAGCCAGUUUUUUUUGUUGUUGUUGUUUCUUCAUUUCCCCUGCCCCAAUCCAUGAAAGCCUAAAUGUAAAAUAUAUCUUUUCAUUCAUCAUAUCAGGUAAAAGGGAAUUCAGAAAAUUUCCUUGGAGUCUUUAAUAUUCCCACAAAGAUUAUUAAUCACAUAAUAGGGCCUUUUUGGUGUUGAAGGGAACCAGGCUACAUUUGCUGCUCAUAUGCAUGUGUAUUUGUGAACAUAUACCGCAUAUCUAUACAAAAUUCUGCUAUAGUAUGAAAAUCAAGGCUAAAAACCUGAUUAUGAUUUUUAUAUAAAUAGCAACUUAAGUAUUUACUAGACUUUGAAUCAUCACUAUAUCAGGUAUCUAAAUUUUGGGAUGAUGAUUGAAUACACUGACCAAGGUCCUCAAAUUGGGACUUGAACAACAAUGUAAAACCUAUUCCAUCACAAACAUCCCUGAAAACACCACAGCUAACCCAUAAGAUGAAAAUCAGGACUUACACUUAUUAAACAUAAUAAUCAGUAUUUUAAAGAUGUCUAAUGUCAGACUGCAGAAUUCUCAUAUUACUUUUAUUCAUUUAUCUGCUACCUAGUUUUAUUUUAUCCUUUAUGAAUUACUUUUAUGUUGAAAGAAAAUCUAUAAGCCUAAGUUAUGGCCCAUAGGUUUUGUUAAGGGUUUUCAGAGUGAUUUUUGGGUUUAAUUUUAAUACCUUUCAUAAGGGUAAAAUUUUACAGCUGACAGCCUGAAGAUUAGCACUAAAGAGCUGUGUUUUCAUAGCAGGGAUUAUUGUACAGACAGGGAUAACCAAAUAGUAAUAUGCCAAUUCUUUGUUCCUUUGUUUUAGCUUCAGUGGUAGCUAAGCCAUUAAGACAGUUUGCAUUGAUUUCCCCAUUUAUUUAUAAUCAGUCUUUCUUUUAGUCCUAGUGCCUGAAUCAAUGAGUGUGAAUACUAGUACUGCUUCUUUAUAAUAAUAAUAUCUUCAGAGUAUUGAUGUCUUUAAUUUUUUCAAACAGCAGUCUACUGCCCAGCUACUGACAAUAAAAGCUCCAACUCUUACAGGGAUCAGUGGGAAUUAGAGAUAUCUUCAGAUAUCAAUUAAUUGAGCUUCUAGAGGGAUGGUUUGGUUUACUAACUUAUCCCCGCUGAAAUAUUUUUGAGUAAAAAAGAGUUGCCUGCCACAAUUUAGUGUUGAGGUUCCAGUGGAGCUGAGAUAGUGAAUAAUCCAGCUACUUAAAACAACAACAAAAGCUGUUGAUCUGGACCCCUAGGUAAUUUUGACCAAGGUGAGACUUUUGGCAUAAAUUAAAUGGAUUGUGGUCAGCAUUACAUUUGAUAGAAUACUAGGCAUGACUACAUUUAUUAGGGCCAAGGACUGUUAAACUCAGAAGCUAAAAAGCAGCCUAGAAGACUAUGCACACGCUGGGUUUCAUGAUCAAGUCUUAUACAUUCAGAUGGAAAAACAUUUCCCCUUCCACUCUUUCUCAAAAUACUCUCUUGUUUGAGUUUCUCUUGAUAGUUUAUUUGGCCAUCCCCAUGGUCUUAUGAUAGACAAGCUUUUUCUUCUAUAGAUAUAGAUAUGCACCUGUUUCUAAAUGUAUGGCCUUUACUUCCUACACAGCCAGUAGGCCUCAAAGUAAUCUUCCUCUUUCCCAUGGAUUAUCUUCUGUCAAGCAUUCAGGCAGAGCAGCUGUUAACUAUGAUUUAAAGUCAGAAAAACAUCAAGAAAUUAUUUAAUGCAUAGGGUGUAUCAGCACUCAACUGCCACAGAAGUGAAGUCACAAAAGAUAGUGUCAGUUAACUAUAGGAAGUUCUGGAAAGGUAAAGCUCAGGAAAACUAUAAUGCAAAGCUGAUUGUUUAAUGUCUUACAGAUUUACACUGUCUUUAAAAGGCCAAAUAAAUCAGGGUUUUACCAGGGAGCUCAGAGGAAAGUAGAAAACCUAUUCCUAUCUUAGCAUUUUGGUCUCAUUGGUUUAUAGACUCUGAUGAUAUCUCUAUCCAUGGAUCAUCUGAUAAUUGAAUAAUGUACAUAGAUACCCAAAUGGUUGAUUACUGAUCGAGAAUACAAAGUUUUGGUUAGUAAUUAGCACACCCUGUUCUGGCUUCUCUGCUUGGUUUUCUUUGGAGUCCUGUCCAGUAACCUCUGUGGAAUCUCAUUACUAACUUACCCCCCCUGAAAUAUUUUCUCUUUGAUAUUCAUUUUCUAAUCUUUGAUAUUCAUUUUCUCCAUUUGCAAAAUGAAGAUACUCAUUGUUAUGAUCCUAUUGCUGAAAGGUGCUAUGUAGCAUUCUAGUGCUCUUAUAUGUCUUUAAUUAUAGGACUGGAAUGAAAAGUUUAAACAUAACAGUAUUUCUAAGCAAAAUUGUGUGCUCCAUUCUUUUGUCCAUGCUUCAUUGCUGAUUUAUUCUUGCAAAACUUCGAGCACUUUGUUAAUGUUAUUUCAUUCAUUCCAACAGUGUCCUCAGAAAGAGCCAGAAUAAAAAAAUCUUCCCCAUGGUACAGCUGGAAAAAUUAAGGGGAAAAACAAUUAAGUGGUCCCCAGUCGAACACAGCUGUCUUAUGCAGGGCUCAAAGUUAUCAUGUCCAGUACACUGUUAAAGUGACUUGGCUUCCCAGUACUGGAAUUAUCAUGGAGCAGUUAGAAUUUUGAGAGUGCUUACAAUAGGAUCACAUUCUGAAAGAAUCACAUUUUGUCAAAAACCUGAAAAGUAUGCAAUUUGUACAACUCUUACUGGUGAUAGGAAUGCAAUAUGUGCCUCUUUCCUCCACUGGCCCCAUGUGACACAUAUCUUUCACACUAUGUGACAUCAACCAGUGCCAUUACCUCCUGUGGCAUCCAUAGAGCCCACUCUCAGGGCAGACAUUGCCAAGGUAAAGAAUGCUCUCCAUGUUUAUGCCAAAUUGCACAAAGUAUAGACAUUGAGGUUAAUGGAGAUUUAAGCACAAUUCUAGAAAGUAAGUUUUAAGAAUAUUAAGUAUACAUUAUUGUAACAUGAACCUAAAACUUAACAGGACCCAAAGUCAUAGGAAGGUAACAGUCAUUGAAAGCCUAUUCUUUUCACCUCUCAUCACAUAUAUCUACAUACACCUAUGCACAUGUACACACACACACAACCCACAAUUUCUCCAAAGCGGAAGCAAAUACUUUAAAAGAAUGAUUCUCUGCCUUCUCCUUUUAAAAAAAAGAGUCUAAGAAUCACAGCAUGUGAAGAACAUUCCAUUUAUACAUUCCAGAAUCUCUGCUCUCAGAGUAGCUAAGAGAUUCAGUACAAAAGAUGUUCUGUGCAGAAGCACAGAGGGCGUCUAACAAGAUUGCCAGGCCCUUGCACAAGAUCCAUAUUCUUAGAAAGUUAAUGAGUUCCAUCUAGCUAGGAAUUGGUUGACGAGAUAUGGUACAUGUGCAUUUCUUUAACCAUAGCUGUAAUGUACCAUACUAAAUUGUAGCCUCUUGCAUGUGGGUAUUAGAUAAUAUAAUAAUGAAUGGGUGGCUCCUAAUAGCAUGCAACUCAUGACUGUUUAAUUCUCCAAAAGGGCUAGGUCUGUUUCCUGCACAGUGUUCAAGAUCAUUAAAUAUGUUCUUUGUACCAAGAUGGUACACAGCCAUUGGCAGAGUGAGUUAAAACCAACAAUGAAUUCAAUAUAGCAAGAAAUAGAUUGUUAGUAGAGAAUGGCACUAAAGGAAAAAAAAAAAAACAAUUAGAUAAGAUGCAUUCAAGGAAUAAUUACUUUCACUCUGCAGGCUAAAUCAGUGAAGGAACACAGAAGAAAAGCUGGCAGUGGGUGUUGGUAAUAUAUGAACUAUAUUGGAGUGCCAGAAAAGGAGACCUUAGUAGUUAAGCUCAAGUUACCAAUUUGCUACAUAUUUUUCCCACCAAUCUGCUCAAAGUGAUUGUAUAUAGUAUUCUUAAAACCAUGUGUCUUUCUGCAGAAAUAUUGACAAAUGCUGACCAGCUUUAUCUUCCUAUAUCCUUUAUUAAAAGUGUAUACAUAUAAUUUUAGGGGUUUUUCCUACAUUGUGGCUUUGUUAAAUUAUGUUGGCAAACCCUAAAGUUUCAGACUACUCUAAUGGAAGUUUCUAUAUAUCUAAUUUCAUUGGGGUAUAGUGACGUUUAUUCACUCAGGUUGAUUGGUAUGUGUGGUAUGUAGACUCCUCUGUAAUAUCUCACCUUCUGAACAGCCCCCUUCCGUGUGUUCAGUAUUUCUGUCUUAUGUUCCUACAUAAAUUUGAAUUGGGAAAUUAGCUGCAACGGCUUUUAGAUAGAAUGCUGAGCAGUCUGAUGGCACUUAAUCGUUCAGUCUCUACUCAGCCUCACACAUCUUUUGCCUUUCACUCUGCCAUUGUGAUAAAAGGAAAAAGAAAGAACUUUUUUUAUGUGCCUAA